CAGUCACCGCCGCCGCCGUCGCCGUCGCCGCCGCUUCGUCUGACGUCGCGUCCGCCGGAGCCAGAGCCGAAGCCGCGCAACCCGGGAGUGAGCGACGCUGACCCGCCCGGGGUCUGACCUAAAGACCCAGAAGAUGUCUGACAGUGAUGACAGCAACUUCUCAGAGGAGGAGGAGGAGGACAGUGAGCGGAGCAGCGAGGAGGCAGAGGAGGUGGAGCAGGUAGAGGAGGAGCGACGGAGUGUGGCGGGCAGUGAAAAGGAGGAGGAGCCUGAGGAGGAGGAGGAAGAGGAGGAAGAGGAGGAGUAUGAUGAAGAGGAGGAGGAAGAAGAUGAUGACCGUCCCCCUAAAAAGCCAAGACAUGGGGGUUUCAUCCUGGAUGAAGCUGAUGUGGAUGAUGAGUAUGAAGAUGAAGACCAGUGGGAAGAUGGAGCGGAGGACAUUCUAGAGAAGGAAGAGAUUGAAGCAUCCAACAUUGACAAUGUCGUUCUGGACGAGGACCGCUCUGGGGCCCGGCGCCUCCAGAAUCUCUGGAGGGACCAGCGAGAGGAGGAACUGGGCGAGUAUUACAUGAAGAAAUAUGCUAAAUCAUCUGUGGGAGAAACUGUGUAUGGAGGGUCGGAUGAACUCUCAGAUGACAUCACUCAACAGCAGCUGCUGCCUGGGGUCAAGGACCCUAAUUUGUGGACUGUGAAAUGUAAGAUUGGGGAGGAACGAGCCACGGCAAUCGCCCUCAUGAGAAAGUUCAUUGCCUACCAGUUCACAGACACACCGUUGCAGAUCAAGUCAGUGGUGGCUCCAGAACAUGUCAAGGGUUAUAUCUACGUGGAGGCCUACAAGCAGACCCACGUGAAGCAGGCCAUCGAGGGGGUGGGCAACCUGCGCCUGGGCUACUGGAACCAGCAGAUGGUGCCCAUCAAAGAAAUGACGGAUGUGCUCAAGGUGGUCAAGGAGGUCACCAACCUCAAGCCCAAGUCCUGGGUCCGCCUCAAGAGGGGCAUCUACAAAGACGACAUUGCCCAGGUGGAUUACGUAGAGCCCAGCCAGAAUACCAUCUCCCUCAAGAUGAUUCCUCGCAUUGACUAUGACCGCAUCAAAGCUCGAAUGAGUCUGAAAGACUGGUUUGCCAAGAGGAAGAAGUUCAAGAGACCCCCACAGCGAUUGUUUGAUGCUGAAAAAAUACGUUCCCUGGGAGGAGACGUGGCUUCUGAUGGAGAUUUUCUGAUCUUUGAGGGGAACCGCUACAGCCGAAAAGGCUUCUUGUUCAAAAGCUUCGCGAUGUCGGCAGUGAUCACAGAGGGUGUGAAGCCCACACUGUCAGAGUUGGAAAAGUUUGAGGACCAGCCAGAGGGAAUUGAUCUGGAGGUGGUGACUGAGAGCACAGGGAAGGAACGGGAGCACAACUUCCAGCCCGGGGACAACGUGGAGGUGUGCGAAGGCGAGCUGAUCAACCUCCAGGGCAAGAUCCUGAGUGUGGACGGUAACAAGAUCACCAUCAUGCCCAAGCACGAGGACCUGAAGGACAUGCUCGAGUUUCCAGCCCAGGAGUUGCGGAAAUACUUCAAGAUGGGAGACCACGUGAAAGUGAUUGCUGGGCGAUUCGAGGGCGACACAGGCCUCAUUGUGCGUGUUGAGGAGAACUUUGUGAUCCUCUUCUCCGACCUCACCAUGCAUGAGCUGAAAGUGCUUCCCAGGGACCUGCAGCUCUGUUCCGAGACGGCCUCGGGCGUGGAUGUCGGGGGCCAGCAUGAGUGGGGCGAGCUGGUGCAGCUGGAUCCCCAGACGGUGGGAGUCAUCGUUCGGCUGGAGCGGGAGACCUUCCAGGUCCUAAACAUGUACGGGAAGGUGGUGACGGUGCGGCACCAGGCAGUGACUCGCAAGAAGGACAACCGCUUCGCCGUGGCCUUGGACUCAGAGCAGAACAACAUCCAUGUCAAAGACAUCGUGAAGGUCAUCGAUGGCCCUCAUUCGGGCAGAGAGGGAGAGAUCAGGCAUCUGUUCCGAGGAUUUGCAUUUCUCCACUGCAAGAAGCUGGUGGAAAACGGCGGCAUGUUUGUCUGCAAGACCCGCCACUUGGUGUUGGCAGGGGGCUCCAAGCCUCGAGACGUCACCAACUUCACCGUGGGGGGCUUUGCACCGAUGAGCCCUCGGAUCAGCAGUCCCAUGCACCCUAGUGCUGGAGGUCAGCGGGGAGGAUUUGGUAGCGCCGGCGGUGGGGGGAUGAGCCGGGGCCGCGGCCGGAGAGAUAACGACCUGAUAGGACAGACUGUGCGCAUCUCUCAGGGGCCUUAUAAAGGCUACAUCGGGGUGGUGAAGGACGCCACGGAGUCUACAGCCCGAGUAGAGCUUCACUCGACCUGCCAAACCAUCUCUGUGGAUCGCCAGCGGCUCACCACUGUUGGCUCCAGGCGUCCAGGGGGCAUGACUUCCGCCUACGGACGGACCCCGAUGUAUGGCUCUCAGACACCCAUGUAUGUCCAAGGCUCCCGGACCCCCAUGUACAGUUCACAGACCCCUCUGCAUGAUGGCAGCCGCACUCCGCAUUAUGGUUCGCAGACGCCCCUUCACGAUGGCAGCCGCACGCCAGCUCAGAGCGGUGCUUGGGACCCCAACAACCCCAACACGCCAUCCAGGGCAGAGGAGGAGUAUGAGUAUGCCUUUGAUGAUGAGCCCACGCCAUCCCCCCAGGCCUAUGGUGGGACCCCCAACCCACAGACACCAGGCUAUCCAGACCCCUCAUCCCCACAGGUCAAUGCGCAGUAUAACCCCCAGACUCCUGGAACCCCCGCCAUGUACAACACGGACCAGUUCUCACCCUAUGCAGCCCCCUCACCACAAGGCUCCUACCAGCCCAGCCCCCAGAGUUACCAUCAGGUGGCACCGAGUCCUGCUGGCUACCAGAACACACACUCACCGGCCAGCUACCACCCCACACCCUCGCCCAUGGCAUACCAGGCUAGUCCUAGCCCUAGUCCAGUGGGCUACAGUCCAAUGACCCCUGGGGCUCCAUCCCCUGGUGGAUACAACCCUCACACACCAGGCUCUGGUAUUGAGCAGAACUCCAGUGACUGGGUGACCACAGACAUCCAAGUGAAGGUCCGAGACACCUACUUGGACAGCCAGGUGGUGGGACAGACGGGCGUCAUCCGCAGCGUCACGGGUGGCAUGUGCUCCGUAUAUUUGAAAGACAGUGAGAAGGUGGUCAGCAUCUCUAGUGAACAUCUGGAGCCCAUCACUCCUACCAAGAGCAACAAGGUGAAGGUGAUCUUGGGGGAGGACCGGGAAGCCACCGGCGACCUGCUGAGCAUUGAUGGGGAGGACGGGAUUGUGCGCAUGGACCUGGACGAGCAGCUCAAGAUCCUCAAUCUGCGCUUCCUGGGGAAGCUCCUGGAAGCCUAGGGGAGCCAGACGCCCCCCAACCAGCCACCCUGGGAGACCUAGCCCGCCCUAUUUUUGUUUGUCCCUUUUUGGAGAGUCUCUGCCCGCCUCCCACUGCCCAAGGCAGGGCCUGGAGCCUCCCAGGCAGCCCCCACCCAGCUGGCCCCGUCUGUGCUCUGAAUAAAAGAUGGUUUGAUCA